AUGACCGCCCCACCUGUCACUGCUUCUCCGCCCGCCAUCACCGUCUCUGCCCCCUCCGCCACCGCUAUAGCACCCAGAAACCGCGGUCCUCUCCCGUUCCACCAGAACAGCACCUUGCUGCCCUGCGCACAUCGGCCCAUGCCCAAGGUCACGGUCACCCUUUCCUCUCCCUCCGCCCAAGACCUCCUCGCUCUUCCCUUUCCCGACGGAUUCUCGACCCGCCCCCCGUCCCCAACUCCCAGCCGGCGCGGAGAGUCGAAGGACUCGCAGAAGACGCUCGUGGACCCGGCCCCGGUCGAUGAGCGUCCGCGGCGAUGUUCCGAGAAGGGCCUCCUCCCCGAGUGGGAGGUGCCCUUCUUGGGUCCCGGCUAUCAUCGAUACUGCUCCCUCGAGUCGCCCCAAGAGUACCAUCGAGAGGACCCGACCCUUCGGUUCGCGCUUCUGGGUCAGGCGCCCAAUCCGUACCUCACUCCUUCCCGUCCCGCGCUCGCCCAAGACGCCCUCCCGACCCUUUUUGUCGCCGACCGCGUCCCGACGCUCGCCCAAGCUCCCGGCUCCGCCCGAUGGGGCACGCACGACCGAGCGAUCCCGGACGGUCCCCGCCUGGCCGGCCCGGUACGGACGUACGUCCACCGGCAGCGCGAGGCGGUCCGGAUACUCGUGAAGGAUGGCGUUUGGGCGGCGAGUGAUGGGCUGAGAGGGCUGAGCUGGGAGCUGAAGGACCUGAGCUGGAAAGUCCGGAGGUGGCGCCAGAAGAGGGAUGAGAGGGCGGAGGCCAAGAUGAUCUGGAAGGUGGCUGGACGGGCGGGCAGGUGUUGGGAAGGCAGGGAAAAGCAGGAUUGGGAGGCGGUCUGGGCGAUGCGGGAGGCGGCGAGGGAUGCGGCGAGGCUGGCGAAGAAGAUGGGGCUGGGCGAUGAGGACGAGGAGGAGAGCGAGGAUGGUGAGAAGGCGGGGGAGUGA